GAUGAAUGUUACAUCACUGCCAUCAGUCGUCAGUUACAGAAGUAUUAAAGUAGAUCUUCAGAUUUUCUGCUACUCAUUAUUUGCUGUCCAAAAAGCAUGAUGCAAGAAAUGGAAUGUGUUCUCCCCGAAUAACCUGACUGCAAUUGCUCUGUUAAUUGUCCUUUCUAGUUUUUAUAUUUUGUUGAUGGUGUUUCUGGUGUGAACUAAUGUGCAGCUAUUAUAAGCUGAAGCACCAUAGUGCAGUUAUAUGUGUCUCAUGUGGCCAGUUACAUGAGAAAAAUGGAACUCAUUUAUAUGAUUAUUAUCAACCAGUGGAUGAUGACAUGAUGUGUCACAUUUGUCUCCAGCCUUUGGUAAAUCCAAUUGACACAAAAUGUGGACAUACAUUCUGUACACAAUGCCUCAAAAACUACCUCAAGGUACAAUGCAUAUGUCCAGUGGAUCGACUACCACUUUCUUUAAAAGAUUGCCAGCAAUCCAGUGUUUUAGUAAGAAGAUUGCUAGAUAAAUUAUUGGUUGUUUGUCCCAAUGUGGAUUACUGUGAAGAUGUAUUGCCCCGCUCAGAACUUGAAGCUCAUCUUUUGCACAGGUGUCGUGGUGCUGUAACGAAAUGCAUCAAAGCAAGUUUAGGAUGUGUGUUUCAAGGGCCUAGAAGUGCACUUCAGAGUCAUCUUUGGGAGUGCCCUUAUAAAGAUCAACAAGCUGCUAAAAAUCCAGUCAUUGAUGGGGAAGUUUCCACUAUAGAAAUUCAAAGAACAAGUCCAGAACUUGGUAUCAGUAUUGUUGGUGGAUCAGAUACUCCUUUGUUGUGUAUUGUCAUUCAAGAAAUCUUUCCAGAAGGCGUUGUUGCAAGAGAUAACCGUCUUUUACCAGGAGAUCAGCUUUUAGAGGUGAAUGGUGAAGAUUUGAGCAUGGCCACGCAUUAUGAAGCACAACAAGCAUUGAAUUGUUAUUUUUCAUUGUGUCGUCUCACAGUAUAUCGGGAAAAAGCUGAAGAAACCCGACCUAUUGAGAAGGAAGAAAUAUUAAAAAUUACAUUGACGAAAAGGAAAGGGAAACAACUGGGGAUUAAACUUGUUGGUAAACGAAAUGGUCCUGGAGUCUAUAUCCUAAACCUUAUUGGUCAAAGCUUGGCUGCUAUUGAUGGCCGUUUAAAACCAGAUGAUCAGGUGCUGGAAAUAAAUGGACAGGAUGUCACAUAUGGAUCUCAAGAACAAGCUGCCUUUUAUAUUCAAAAAAGUGGCGAUGAAGUAGAAUUUGUAGUGUGCAGAAAAAGUCGUCCACAAACUCCUGAUCUUAUUCGUUCAACAGGCAAUGAAUUUUCUCUGAAAAAUACAUCAUCUGAUAAUGAUACUUGCAAGUUAACACCUUGUAGAAAAUUCCUUGAGAGGGAACUUACAAUCCAAAAGGAUCCAUCUGAAAGUUUAGGAAUUAGUGUGUCUGGAGGCGUUAAUAGUCCUCAAGGUGAUACUCCGAUAUAUGUCACUAAUAUCAAACUUACAGGCUGUUUGGGACGUACAAAACAAGUGAAGAAAGGUGAUGUGCUGUUAUCUAUAAACUCUGUUAGUCUGCUUGGUUUAAGUCACAAUGAGGCUGUGAAACAACUAAAACUCAAUACUGAAUCAAAAACUAUUACUCUAAAGGUGCUUGAUGGUCCUGAAGUUUCUCAGAAUUCACCUGGUAAUUUUACUCCUUCUUGGUUAUACUGGCUUCAGUUACCAAGGAUUUGUCAAACUGUGAAAUCCAUAUCCUUGUUACGUGGUCCAAAUGGCAGCCUUGGUUUUGCAAUUGUUGGUGGCCGUGACAAUGUGGAGACAUGCUUCUGUCAGUGA